AUGUCCUUCCUUCAUCGCCGGCGGAAUCGUGCACGACGUCUCUCUUUGUAUCUUGCAUCGAAGUCACGAGUGCCGCGCUCCCUUCAUUCUCUCUCUACCUCUCUACCUCUCUCUCCUCGGAUCGCCAACCUAGUUCGCAUUACCGUCUGCAUUCUGCCUGGCCUGUUAUUUCUCAUGGAUAGUCUAGCGAUUGAGCUGAGCGGGUUGAUUGAGCUUCCUGAGUCGUGUCUUUUGGCGUUAGUUGCUGCAAUGUUUUCGCGGCCACGGUCCGGGGUCGCCUCCACUCAUUUAGGCCCCCAUUGA